AAGAGGCUCUUGCGCCAGUCACACUAGCUUUCUCUCGCUCAGACUCUCUUCUACUAUGUUUAUUGCAACUGAAUUGUAGACAGAAUGGUGUACAGGUGUGUAGUGCGCGGCUGCAAGAAAGUGGCUGUGCCAGGGGUCAGAUCAGUACACAAAAUUCCAAGUAAAAGGCCGCUUAGGAAUGAAUGGAAACGCUUUGUGAAUAAGACUCGCCCUGGCUGGACUGGAUCGGAGUCCAGUCGCAUAUGCAGUGAGCAUUUUACUCCUGACAACUACGGGAACUUCCUCGCGUGGCAAAUGGGCAAAGCCCGAAAGCUGGACUUGAAGCCUUCAGCGGUUCCUACAGUCUACCCAGGAGAGGCUGGACCCUCAGGCGAGCAGAGCAGCAGCCUCGUAUCGGUAGACGCCAUAAUUCGAGAGUAUGAUGAGGAUGAGGCUAACAGAGAUACAGUAUACACACCAGAAUCCGUGCAGGACAGUGAACUCUCCAGCAGUGAGUGGGAGAGAAGUGAUGACGACAUUGAAUCGGAGAAGAAGGAUGAUUGUUGUCUAGCUGCCCUGGUUCUGUCCCCUGUAAGCACCCAUAAACGGAGAUUCAGAGUGAAACGAGUGCCACUGGAUCACCACGCUGUUCCCUGCGGAAGCAGCCGCUGCCAUGUGCUGGAGGCCCAAAAGCCCUGUUGUAAACAAUGUAGUGCUGCCGUCACAUCGAGGAUGCCAAGUUGCAGCGCGUUUGCUUGCACUAACCGUACGGGAUCAAAAAAGAGUGAAAGUACUUCAAAGAAGAUAACAUUUCACAAGUUUCCGAAAGAUCUACAAAGACGCCAGGAAUGGAUUCAAAAUCUUUGUAGAGAGAAUUAUAAUCCCUCAUGUCAUGCCACAGUAUGCUCACAACAUUUUGAAGACUCGUGUUUUGACAAAACUGGGCAAACAGUUCGUUUGAAACAAGAUGCAGUACCAACCAUCUUUGCAUUUCCAUCACACCUGAUAAAGCAGCAGAGUGACUGCUCAAACAAUAAAAUGGAGAAUAAAGAUGGCAAAGGGGAGUUGAAGGUGAAGGAUGAACCAGUGGAAGAAUGUGUAUUUGCAGAUAGCAAGGAGAGAGAGAAGGAAUUCUCCGAACUUGGCAACAUAGAGUCGGAGGACCAUCAUCACUCACUCCAGGGCUGGGUAAAUAGUAGUGACCAGGAUGAAUUUGAGGUGAAGGAUGAACCAGUGGAAGAGGAUUACGUUUGUGUCCUUGAUACCAAUGGCACAAAGAUUAAUGAGGAAGAGAUAUCCAGCUCACUCCAGAACACCAGUGCUUUCCUCAUACAACUGCAGCAUUCUAUACGAGAAGCAAACUAUAAGCCUGAUCAGGUUUUUGUUGUGAGCAAGACUGGCCUCUUUUCGAAACGUCUCCCUGGCCAGACAUUUAUUAGUAAGAAAGAGGAGUUAUCUUCAGGCUUAAAGGCCAGAAAUGACCGAUUCUCCCUUCUGCUAUGUGCAAAUGCUUCAGGGGACUCAAGACUAAAACCUUUCCUGGUCUAUCACACUUGUAAGCUAAAGGACCUGAAGGUAACAUCAUUCCAGAUGUUGCCUGUACACUGGAGGUACAACAGAAGAGCUUCUUUGACAGCCAUUUUGUUUGAAGACUGGUUUACCAACUGUGCCAUCUCAGAAAUUUUAGCUUACUGUAAACAGAAAAACAUUGAGGAAAAAGCCUUAAUACUAGUUGAUAGUGUUCUUGGUCAAUCUGACAUUGUCAAUGAAAUUCAUCCAUAUAUAAAGGUAAUAUUCAUGCCAAGUGACAUGCCUCCAGAUCAGUUUGCCAUUACUCAGUUUUUACAGCUCUACACUAAGACCCUCCUACAAAAUAUGCUCAUUUUCACAGAAGGUGGGGAUGAAAGUCAGGUUGAGGACUUUUUGACAUCUUAUAGCAUCAAGGAGGCACUCUUUACCAUCAGAGACAGCUGGACAGCCAUUAAGACUCCAUUUCUCAACAAAUUCUGGAGCUAUGCUUGGCCAGGUAAGACUCAAAGUUUCACUGGACACCUUAAUGCAACAGAGGAAAUUCAAGAGAUUCGGGAUCUAGCAAACGAAUUCCAGGUCAAGGUUUUAUAGACAUCACUGAGGACGACAUUCACAGGCACCUAGAAUCACAUCAGGAAGAGUUAUCAACAGAGGAGUUGGCACAGAUGACCAAAGCAUCUCAAGGAGAAGAUGAUGACCAGCAGGACACUUCAACAUUUUCUGUUCCACCAACAUCAGAAUUGGAGAGCAUUGUGAAGUUGCUCUACAAAACUGAGAGAAACAUAAUAGAGACUGAAUGGAACCCAAAGAGACUAGAACAAAGUUUGCCUCAUCUCAGUAGUAUAAAGGCUAUGUAUAUGGAUAUAUUAAAGAGAAGGAAGAAGAGGUAAUCUCAUUUUUAAGUUUAGAAAUUUGUAUUUGUUAUAAUAGGUAUUCUUUUAUGGAAAUAUUGUAUAAUGAAUGUAUUACACAUUUUUCAUACAGGUCUUUUUACUUAUUUUGUAUAUGUUGAUAAAGACAUUUAUAUUUAUUUUUAA